UCCAAAUCAAAGGAGUGCCAUCAAAACCUACCCAAAUUUGAGCAACUCUGAAGCAAACCUUCAGGUUGCAACUCUCAAGCAAUUUUAACCUAGCUUUCUUUCCUGCCAAACAUGCCAACUACUAAUCCAACAUAAGCUUAGUUUACUUUGCUUCAUUAAGGUAGCUUAUCCUGUCAGUCAGUCUGUCUGUCCCAACCCCCAUCCCAUCCCAACCUCCAUUCCUUCCUUGCCAACUCUCUCUCACCUGAAAAUGUCAGUGUGAGUGAUCAUUCCAUCUGCACCACCCUCAUCUACUAAACCUUAUGAGCCUCAAGAGACAAACACGCAGAGCCAGAGGAAGGAGAUGAAGGCAAUGGCCGGGCCUAAGCUGCUCGUCGUCAACACGUCGUCGAACAAGGCUGUGAACGGCGUGGCGUUCACAUAUCCGGCGUCGCCCGUGCCGUUUCUUGGCUCGUCCCGGUGCCUGUGGCUGGUGGUUUUCCUGGCUUUGUUCACCUGCGUGUCCCUCCACACCGUGUUCUCCACGGCGCGCGUCUCGGCCAGGGCGGCGUACCAGGCAACGCUGUUCACAGUCAGUGCCGCCGCUUCGGGUGGUGGAGGGGGAGGAGGUGGCGGCGCUACGGAGGCUGUCCUGCCGCGGUACGUGUUCGACGCGCUGGUGCAGUACGCGGCCGCGGCGGGGAACACGACGGCGAGCAUGCCGGAGGCGGACGUGCGCGCGAUCGCGUCGGUGCUCCGGCGGCGCGCGCCGUGUAACCUGCUGGUGUUCGGGCUAGGCGCGGAGACGCCGCUGUGGCGCGCGCUGAACCACGGCGGGCGCACGGUGUUCCUAGACGAGAACCCGUACUACGUGGCGCACCUGGAGGGCGCGCACCCGGGGCUGGAGGCCUACGACGUCACCUACGCCACCGCCGUGCGCGAGCUGCCGGACCUCCUCGACGACGCGCGGGCCGCCCGCGCCGCCGAGUGCCGCCCCGUCCAGAACCUGCUCUUCUCCGAGUGCCGCCUCGCCAUCAACGACCUCCCCAACCAGCUCUACGACGUCGCGUGGGACGUCAUCCUCGUCGACGGCCCGCGCGGGUACACGGAGGGGUCGCCGGGGAGGAUGGCGGCGAUCUAUUCGGCGGCGGUGAUGGCGCGGACCAGGGGCGCGGAGACGGAGGUGCUGGUGCACGACUACGAGCGGGAGGUGGAGAGCGCGUGCGGGAGGGAGUUCCUGUGCGAGGAGAACCGGGUGACAGUGACCAGCACGCCGUCGCUCGGUCACUUCCUCGUGCGCGGCGGCGCCGCCGCCAACCAGGACGCGUUCUGCCGGCCGCCCGCCGAGAACGCCAACUAGUAAUAAGCUAGUCAUUUUUCCCGUUUAGUUUCUUACUCCUUUUUGUGAUGAUGGUAAAAAAAGUUGUUAAUGCAUGUGACGAUCUGUAAAAUUGAAUUCAGGAUCAUCUUCCUCGUCCGAAAAAAAGGUAAAUAUACAGCUUUGCUAUAUCUCAC